GUGACGCUCCCGGAAGCGCCGUGCGGACCUCGCGAGGCGUGGGGCAGCGCAGCCACGGCUCCAGUCGGCCGGACCGCAGGGCCCGGUGUGGCCGCCCAUGAGUCGGGGAACCAUGCCUCAGCCCGGAGCGUGGCCCGGGGCGAGCUGCGCGGAGACGCCGGCCCGCGAGGCGGGGGCCGCAGCGAGGGAGGGCGGGAAGGUGACGAUCGGCGCGCUGCCCCGGGCCGCGAUGCGGUGCCCGGCCGAGCACGAGGAGGACAUGUACCGUGCUGCAGAUGAAAUAGAAAAGGAGAAAGAAUUGCUAAUACAUGAAAGAGGGAUAUCAGCAGAACCCAGGUUAAGUGUGGCUCCUGAGAUGGAUAUCAUGGACUACUGCAAGAAAGAAUGGAGGGGAAAUACUCAGAAAGCCACGUGCAUGAAAAAGGGCUACGAGGAAGUUUCUCAGAAGUUCACAUCUAUAAGGCGAGUUCGUGGUGAUAAUUACUGUGCGCUGAGGGCCACGCUGUUCCAGGCCAUGAGCCAGCUCACAGAACUGCCCCUCUGGCUGCAGAACCCGGACCUCAUGCUGUUACCAGAAAAGCUGAUAAACAAGUAUAGCUGGAUCAAGCAAUGGAAACUUGGACUGAAGUUUGAUGGGAAGAAUGAGGACCUGGUUGAAAAAAUUACGGAGUCACUUGCCCUGCUGAGGACGAAGUGGGCGCGCCUGGCAGAAAUGAAGACUGCUGAAGCACGGCAGGUAGCUUGUGAUGAACUGUUCACAAAUGAAGACGAGGAGUACAGCCUCUAUGAAGCUGUGAAAUUCCUAAUGCUAAACAGAGCCAUCGAACUCUAUGAUGAUAAAGAGAAGGGAAAGGAAGUCCCGUUUUUUUCUGUGCUCUUAUUUGCUCGAGACACAUCAAGUGACCCUGGACAGCUACUGAGGAACCACCUAAACCAGGUGGGACACACUGGUGGCCUUGAGCAGGUUGAAAUGUUCCUUCUUGCAUAUGCUGUUCGCCACACCAUCCAGGUGUACCGGUUGUCCAAGUAUAACACUGAAGAGUUCAUCACAGUCUAUCCCACUGAUCCCCCCAAGGACUGGCCAGUGGUGACCCUCAUAGCUGAGGAUGAUCGGCACUAUAACAUCCCUGUCAGAGUGUGUGAGGAGACAAGUCUGUGAGAGACACCCAUGUGGCCAGCUGUGAGAGGCAGCACAGGUGCACACGCAGCUCCUUCUCUGGGGCCUCGGGGCUGCAGCUCUCCAGGGACAAUCCGGGAGAACCCUUGGGCCCCUGGAACCAACGGGAGCUGUGAUGCUCUGAAGACUAACUGUUGAUAACAAGAAGUAGCCAAGUCAUUGUUCUAUCUGUUACACAGUGUGUCUCACUGGGGGCUUCAGCAUGUGCCUUUGGGAGGUACAAACAACUUCUCAGUACAGCAGAUGUUUUUGUGUCAGAGGAAAUUGUUUGCAAAGAAACAUGUCCAAUGAAAGUUCUGAUGGUAAACUGGUGUUACUUUUUAA